GUAUGAAAGUUCUCAAGUUUUAAUCAGUGCAGUCAGUUGAUCGUCAACCGCGCGUGAGUGUACACACCAGCCCUCCGGAGUGGUACCCUAGAAGAAAGAGCAGCAGAAGAGCACAGCAGAAGAGUGAAGCGCCAAACCAAGUCAUUCGACCUGAGAAGCUCUGAACUGAUAGCGCGCACCCAGCGGAGGUUCAAGUGUGUUAUCAGUUGAGACAAGAGUGUUGCUUCCUGUCUGGUAUAUUUCCAUUUUAUUACUGCUGUUAACUUUGAACUAUCGACCGCAAUCCCAAGGGAAAAAGUGUGUCAGGAAAUAUCCGCAAUCAUAGCUAGUGCCGAAAGCAACCGUCGUAUGUGAGAUUGAGAGAACGAGAAAAUACAGUUGAUCAACCCACACACAGAGACGAUGCAGGAGAGAAGGAUCAUUUACGGUGCUUUCGUCAUCUUCACCUUUGCAGUACUGUCCUACUACGCUCACGCUUGUGAACUCGAUCAAACUCAGCACGGCUGCCGGAUAGACAACGGCCAAUGUACGUGCGCUUUCGGAUGCAAAUCGGAGUUUCGGUACGCAACUCGCAAAGAAUGCCAAGAUGCACUCAAGGGCCGUUCCGGUGAUAUUUGCAGCAGGGCACCUUGCAUGAACGGUGGAUCUUGUACGCAGGUCACCGCGAUGCCACAGUACAAAUGCCGCUGCGAAGGAACAGGCUACUGGGGUAACCGUUGCCAGCGAUUGUGCCCGAGACCGGAUCAGGUGACAUCUGGAGCUAAAUUCCCACAUGAAUGUGUAGUUAUCUAAGUUUAAGGGUACUGAGUUUUGCUUUGUCUGCUAGGUAUUUAACGUAGGAAAUCAUUUCCUUUGAAUUACUUUACAACACAAAACUACUCAAACGUAAUUGCAUUCGUAUUAUGAACUGAUUUGUAGCAGUCAUGAGACUAAUGAGAAUAAUAAAGGUGAAUUUUUCUACUGCUGA